AUGCCGUCUGAUUUCGACACUUCGUUUGGUGCGAUGCUCUUGGGGGUGCUGAUGUCAUCGAUACUAUUCGGUAUCACUAAUUUGCAGGUGUACAUAUACUUCAAGACGUAUACAAAUGACCCCUUGUGGAUCAAGUUCUCUGUAUGUGCAUUAUGGAUCGUCGAUGCAUUAUGUGUAGCAUUCUCCUUCCAUCUAAUCUAUCAGUAUUUGAUCACGGAUUAUACCAACCCUGAUGCGUUGUUGAUCAUCGACUGGAGCUUCAAGGCGCAAGAUAUCCUGAGUACAAUCUGCAUAUCCUUUGUUCAAACGAACCAGUGGAUGCUUCAAUCAAUCGUGAUUCCCGCAUACGCCGCUUCCUACCUGGUAUUGCUUGCUUUCUUACGAGAUUACCACGCCCGCAAAUGCGACUCCCAAUGGCUUGCUAGGCCAUCAGUCGCACCGGGUAUCGACGGUGGGUUCCAACCCGACUCUAUACGUUCUUCGGAGCCCGUAACACCCAUUGACUAUGGCUCAUUCACUAGAACGGACAGCUUGAUAAACACACUCAUGUUAUAUACCGUCAACACUGGCAUCAUCACCAGUCUUUGCUCUCUCGCAGCAAUUAUUGCGAUGAAGACCAGUCCGCAUACUUUCAUUGUUGCCGCUGUCGAGUUUCUGCUGACAAAGAUCUAUGUGAACUCGUUCCUUGCUAUGCUGAAUGCGCGUAACUCGCUCCGCGAAUCUGAUUCUCGCAUAAAGCGAGACUACGUCCUGGAUACAUUGCAGCGUACUAUGACUUCUGAGGUCGCAGAUGACUCAAAGCCAAACCCAUUGCCGCCGACGAUCGAUAUCCGAAGUGAAAUCGAUAGCGACUCAGACGGUCCUCGUCCCUCGUACACAGACAUUGAAUUCGACAAAGCCGUCGCGCAGGGCUAUGCUCCACCUACGUUCCCUCAGGGAGAGGGGACUGAGGACGUUAUGAUAUCUCUUUCGAAGGAGCACGAUUCAUCUCUCAGGCCGCUGCCGACACCACCUCAAGCACACGUGUAUGCGAUUCAAAACACAGCACGCAGUAUGCUCCGCUAUGGACAGACGUUGCGUGAAAGCACUAAUAAGCUAAUGAUAUUCUCGUCUUGUCAUCGUUUCAUGGUGACAGUGUAUCGAACACAAGAUAGGCAGCUGCCGGGAUUCCAAUGA